CAGUGGAGAACAUGCUCUCCCAGGUGGCCUUCUACCAGCGCACGGACCCGGCCCAGCAGGCGUCCGGGGAGUUCAUGUUCGAGUUCGACCAGGACGAGAUCUUCCACGUGGACCUGGAGAGGAAGGAGACCGUCUGGCGCCUGCCCGACUUCAGCAAGUUCACCAGCUACGAGGCGCAGGGCGCCCUGGGCAAUAUCGCCGUGCUGAAGAAGAACAUGGAGAUCAUAAUCCAGAGAUCCAACCGCACGCGGGCCCAGAUCG